AUGAUAAGGACAAGGACAAGAAGGAGGGCGAGGAAAGCGGCGACCAGAAGAUGCAGGAGCCGGCUUGCACAUCUGGCGGGUGGGUUGGUCGCCGAAGAAGCGGGCGUGGUGCUGCGCGCACGAGGGCCGCGGCUGCGGGGAGUUCGCCCCCGACUGCCAGAACGCCACCCCGCCGGAGUGGUCGGAGGAGCCUCGGGCGGGUCCUGUCACCACGAAAGGCGAGGGUGCAAUGCGACAUCGACGACCACAGGACAUCCUACAGGGGCGUCGACAACUGCGGCGUCGCCGCUGUUCGACUGCAACGACGGCGCUGCAGAGUCGUGGACAGUCAAGAAGCACAGCUGGUGUUGCGAGAAUCUAGACAUUGAGUGCAACACGUCCCCCCAGAGACCAUUCGACUGCAGAGUGGGGUAUGCCAAUUGGGAGAGCGCUUGGUCUGCGCGGAUGAAGCGGUGGUGUUGCGAGCACGAGUCUCGCGGAUGCCUUAGCACACCUGUUGAGGACACCCCUGCAAGUUUCAAUGCCACCGUCAUGAUCACUGCGUCUGUCAAUACCACAACGAGCAGCGCCACCGCCACGACGGGCACUCACACCGCCACCUUCGCGCCUACCACUGCCACUACCACAAGUGAAAGCAAUACCAGCACCACUACCACCGUCACCACAAUUACCACCUUUGUUGCCUCAGCCAUUGCCACAACCACCAUUCUUUUUGCCACUACAAUUCCUUCCACUGCCGCGACCACUGCCUUCACACGCGCCAAUGCAACAUACGACUGCGAGGCUGACCGCGACAACCAGGAUGGUACGUGGUCCGCCUCGAAGAAAGAGUGGUGCUCGCGAUGGGGGCACUCAAUUACGCCCUUCGAUUGCACCGCAGGGCUUUUGAAUUGGAAUGCCAGCUGGUCCAAAGAAAAGAAGGGGUGGUGCUGCGCGCACGAGAACCGAGGAUGUCCAAGCCCAGGGUCGCCCUCCUCGCAGCAGUUAUUCGAUUGCAGCAAGGACAUCUCGCACUGGAGUUCCAGCUGGCCGUUCGUGAAGAAGGUGUGGUGCUGCGUCAACCAGAGACUUGGAUGCCCCUCAAACAUCGAUGUAUCGGCCACAACACCAGUACCAUCUGCACCGGCCGCCUUACCCGCCCACGUAGCCGUCCAGAGACCCUCAGCACCUGUCGCAGUUGAUACUUCGUCUGUGUACCCUAAACCUUUUGACUGCGAUCUCCAUUACGACAACUGGCAGGAGGCCUGGACAGUGGGCCAGCAGAUCUGGUGCUGCCUCGAUCAGAACCGCGGCUGCUCAGAACAGCGGUCAUCGGUGAGAGCGACGACCUCUUUAGUAGAGGUCUCUUCAGCGACAUCUACGACAAGCAGCGAGUACAAUUGCCAGGCUGGCCUGGAUUUGUGGGAGGAGCACUGGACGGGGCUCCAGAAAGAGUGGUGCUGCCAGAGUGCGGGGCUCGGCUGUGAGGAUGCGCCGUACGACUGCGAGGUGGGACAGGCGCGGUGGGAAGAGACAUGGACGCGUCCCAAGAUAGAGUGGUGCUGCAGGCAUGUGGGCGUCACCUGCGUCUCCUCGAGGCCGAGCGGGGAGCCCCUGGAUUGUCGCAUGGGGAGCAGUUCCGAGCAGGCCCAGUGGAGCUCCGAGAAGAGCCAGUUCUGCUGCCAGUCGGAGGGGCUCGGCUGCUCGAACUUGCAAGCGGCGGAGAGGCUGUUCGGCACCACCCAGGGCCCCAUGCAGUCCGAUAGCGUGCCCGAGCGGCUCGGCCUCUGUUCGAUGGUCCCGCUGGCGAUGCUGGUGGCGCACGCUGGCCUCGCGCUGCGGCGCCGCAUGGCGAGGCCGCGGGCGGGCUACGCCGAGAUGCUCGCCGACCCCGCGCUCGCGAGGGGGCUGCAGGCGUGA